GGCGCAUAGAGCUUCCUGGAGGAACGGUCUGGCUGUACUUGAAAUUCCUGCUGCCCGCUCCGACCUGGGCCCGAGCCUCCCCGACUUUGCCAAUGGACCCCAUCGGAAGGUUCUGCGGAAAGCUGCGUGACCUGGCCGUGACCCUGGAGAAGGAGACGACCCAGCUGCAGCGGGCGCUGAACGGAGAAGAGGAGGACUUUGAAGAUUCCCCAAUGAGAAUUUUACAUGGCUUGCAUUUGGAAGUGAAGACUCUAAAGGAUGAUGCUAAUAGUCUUCUGGAUAAAAGUCAUUUGGAGAGGCAAGAAAGCAACAAUUUUAUAAAGAACACCAAAUUGCUGAUGGAAAGGAAUACAAUGGAUAUCACAAAAAUAAGAGAUUUAUUCCAGAAAUAUGGAUAUAAGCCAAAUGCUAUGGAUGAUCCAGUGAUAAAGGAGAAUGUUGGUGAUGUUAAAGAAGAGGAGGCUAAAUGCAAAAACUCUCCAGAGUCUGAGGCAGAGAAGGAACAUACACCUCAUGGUUCUGUUCAAAAUAACCAUGUUUCUCAGAGCCCUCCACGUAGUCCGCAGCUUUCAGAUUUUGGAUUAGAAAAGUAUAUGUUUUCCAGAAAUUGGAAUAUUCAUCCACCAGCAAUGAAUAUUCCUAAGCAAGAGCAAAUAGCUAUGCAUACACCUUUUAAACAAUUCUCUCCAAAAGUGUUAAGAACUCCAAAAUGCAACUUAAAAAUGGAUGAGUAUGCAGUGGUAACUCCUAAGCUAGAACACUUUGGGAUUUCGGAACAUACCAUGUGUUUAAAUAAUGAUUAUACAAUGGUGCUUAAAAAUGCCCAGAAAAAUAAAAGUUUGUCUAAGAAUAAUACUCAUGGAAUAAACGUGGAAGCGAAAUUAGGAGGCAACAACAACAUCCUAAUCCCUCCUGGUUCCUCACUUGAGCAGUUGAAAGAAAAUUGUGCUAACCAUGCCAAUUCCCCUUUGGAGCCUGUAUUCUUCACUCCUGGCUUGAAAAUCCCAUCUAGAAACAGCAAUCCAGUUUUAAAUGUCCCUAAACCAAAAGAGCUUGAUCUCUCAACCAAUGACAAAGAAAUACUACUUCAUUCAAACUUUAAAAUGGAUAGGUUAAAAAAAACAACAAAGGGGAUAAUAAUUCCACCAACGUCAGACUCAGAUAUUUUGCCAAGCAGUUUGGAUUCAGAAGAUUGUACUCCAUUGGUUUCACAAUCUGCUAAGUGCUUUGAACAUCAUGGAGAACUCUCUCCUCCCAAGAUUUCUGUCAGUGAAAACCUGCUAAGAACACCCACACCUCCAGAAGUAACUACAAUUCCGGAUGAUAUUUCCCAGCUGUUAUCAAGGUAUGACUCAAAAUUAGCCACUCCACUAGCAUUUAAGCCAGCAAAGCACUUUCCCAAGUUUAAAUGAAAUAUUGCUCAAGAGGGAUCCAACAAAGUAAACUACUAAAAAGAAUUCACUAUAUGAAAUGGCACUAAAGAACACACAGACGGGAAGAGCAGCUAUACCAAACCUAGUAUAUUUAGAGGAGUUCCAUGCAGGAGACAAAAUAAUUUUUAAGGCACUUGAGAGGUAGAUUCUCAAAGGAACCUGAAAGAAGAGAGAACCAAAUAGUUGCAAGAAAAUCAUAGACUUUAUUUCUACUCCCCCAAAAAGUGACAGAGAAAGUAUCAAUAAUUCAACCUAUAUGCCUGCUUCCCCAUUUCUGCAAAUUCUUUAGGGAAAUAAUUUAUGUAUUGAAGGCAUUUAUAUUUAUAUAUUAAGGGCAUAAUUAAUGAAGAUAGGAGGAGAGAAUUGGCAGGCUUUACAAAUAAAACUACCUUUUUUACAAUUUAACAGUGUAGGUAAUAUAAGUUACCAUUCUCUUUUCUGUUUGUUAAAAACAGAGGAAAAUUUUGCUUUCAUGGAGCAAAGUGCCACCUUAAAGACUUGCUUCACUUUACAAGUCAAAAUCAUAUAAGAAUCCUUGAAAAAUCAAGAGACCUCUGACUCUCUGAUAAUGAAUAUAAAAGAGGAAGGAUAUAUGCUUACCAACAAUGUUUGCCACUGUUCUGGAUGAUAUUCAGCACAUAGGCCAAAUGGAAGAAGGAUUCCCCAUAGAUGGUGAGAUCCUCCAGACGUUCCUGUUUCCGUAUGACAUUGUGUUGAUCAUAAAAGAGUUCAUCCUACCUAUCCAAACAAGGAAAAAAAACAAAUGGGUGAAUCAUAUCUGUUUUCCAGACUAUGGUUGGGUAGCACAUAGAGCUGGUUCAUUAGUAUGUAGAUCUUGGACAGAGCUGUAAAUAGAUGAUGAGCUAGGGCUAGAUCUAAAGAGGAAAAGAAUGGACUAGAUUGCUUUAGGAAAGUUGUAUAGUGCUUUUAAUAACCUCAAGAUUCUCCCCAAAACAAAAGUCCAUCUUUUUUAACAUAAGCAUUUUACGGUUGAUGCCUAUACAGUUGCAAGUAAUAGGAUGGCAGUCCCUGAAGAAGACUUAAAGAUGUCAGCCAGCCAAAGGGCAGUAGAGGCACAAGUUGAGAUUUAUAAAGUGCUUUUCUACUCUCCCUAUUGGAUCCCUAAAGUAAUUCUAUGAGGUCUAAAUUCUGUUAUUGUGCAUAUUUUACAAAUAAGGAACAUGAGGCUCAUGAAAGGUAGAGUAAAUCACCCAGGCUCAGGAAGUAAGCAACCAGGGUAGAAUUUAAUCUAAGUCUUCUUGAUUGUAGAUCCUAUGCUCUAUCCACUUCAUCACAAUGCCUCUCUGAUGAAGAAUUGAACAAGAAAAAUAGUGUAAAGGGUGUCAGUGCCGUUUAACAGAAGCUGGGCUGAUCAUGAAACAAGAGAUUGAUAACUCAUCAGUAGCCCGCUUGGUUCAUUGGCAUCCACACAAUGUCUAGAGAUAGGUAGAAAGACAGAAUUUAGUAAGUGCUUAUCAUAUGCCACAAACUAUGCUAAGUACUUGGCAUAUAAAACAAGGAACUAGAUUAUCUCUCUUCUCAAGGAGUUUGCUUUCAAAAGGAGAAAGACAAAAUAUAACUGAGCCUGGAAGGCAGGGGCCAGUGAGAGAAUGUGAUUAGGAGGAUAUCCGUGGUGGGGGCACGGCUGUGCUGUUAAGGAAAUGGAAUGGGCCAGAGAAUGAAUUGAGCUGAGGGUAAAGUGAACAUGACUGGGGCCCUUGGUGAAAUGGUGUCUCUGCCAUGAGGCCUUCUCUCCUAAUUGGUAAGUACCUGGCCAGGUUCAAGAGCAAGUCUCCAGCAUGUUGGGUGGACCCCCAGUGGAGAAUUUUCAGAAGGAUCUAAAUAGGAAUUGCAUAAUAUGAGAAGAUAUGGGUAGUGUCGAAGAACUGGCUCAGUACUCUGAGAUUUCUUGCUUAAAUAAGGCAUUUCUUUAUUUCUUACAGCUUUGGGGGAAGAGACUCAAACAUUCUUAGUGUUUUGAAGAAUCUUCUUAAAACUAAACAAAAGUCAGUAUUAUUAUCUUUGUAUAGACAAAAAUGGUAUAUGGGGAUGUUUGAAAGAUCAUUGAGUUAAUACAGAGUUGGAGGACAAAUGAUAGACUGAGAAGUUGAUUUAUUGAGGCAGAGGCACAGCUCCUGAACUGUUUCUGGAAGCAAGUAACAUAUGCAGGGUAGUUGAUUACAGCAAGCUGAGCAGGUGUUUUCGUUUGUUUUGCCUCGAAACAACAGUUUCCAGUGAUUUGGAACAGUUUACUAUAGUCCUUCAAGUUAGCAACAUCUUACCUACCAAUAUUUCUGUAAUGUUAAGCUCUUGUAAUUAAUAAAGAUAGACUUAAAGUCCUGAUGCCUAAUUUCUCACGUUUUGUGCUUCUAGGGCACAAGAACAAUAGAUUUUGGGACUUUCUUCAUGGUCAGUGAGUCUGAGGAGGCAGCCAUCAUCACUUCUGUGCUCGUUGUAGAGAUCAAGGACCAUUAGAGGGACAUGUUUCUUUUGGGAAGAAUUAAGUGGUGGCAGAAGGCUUGAGAGAGGUAGCAGGCUAGGGUAAUGACACAACAAAAGAGAUGAGAUUCCUCUUGUGACCCGCCUUUCAUACUAAGGACUACGCAGUAUGAAUCAGCUGAGCACAUCUUUUUUUUGUUUGGGGUCAUUAUGAAACCUAUUAAUUACAUUACUAUGCAAUUAAUACUGUGUAACUUUGCCAGGAAAGUCAGAGAUAUAGGUAUAACAUUGUCUGAACUCAUUUUGUUAAUUAAUAAAUGGUCUGUCUAAUCUGUGUAGGAUCCUCUAUACCCAUGUAACUGUCCAUUCCCACGGACGUAGUAGUUGGCUUUGUUCCGGGGUGGCGUGUCUUCUUCACCAAUGGAUAAUCUAUCCAACACUAGUCUACAACAGGCCUUCCUGUCAGCAUUUGGCUUAGCAUCAGUUGGCAAGAGUGAAUCAGAACUAUUGGAGUUAAUGUCCUCCUCUUUUAGUGUAAUGUGUGGAAAGCCUUGGCAGUUUACUUAGGUUCUUAAACUGAGAGACUUCUACCAUGAACAGAGACACAAGAUUAAAUAUUAGGUAUAGCAGAGAUUGCUCUGGUUCUUUCAGCAAGGAUAGUUUGAGUCAGCCUAUGGAAGAUCACCCCUGCUGGAGAAUUGACAUCAGUAUUUUUCUCUUUCUUUGCCUAGCCACAGUGUUCUUUAUUUCUUGCAGCUGCAGGGGAAGAAGCAUUCAUAUCCAGACCCAGCAAGACAGAUUGUUUUUAUGAUCUUGGGAAAAUGGGCACCAUAUUUAGUGAUAAAUCAUUUUAAAUCAGUUUUCUCGAAGAGCAACAGAACACCCUUUCUGUUCCAAGGCUAAGCCCACAUCUACAGGAGAUAAAUGAAGUUAGUCCAGGAUUUGGGAGAGCUCAUCUCACAGUAUUCAUUUUAGAGGAAAUUUAAAAGAAUAGCUUUUAUUGCAAAUACUCAGAUUUCCCAAUUUGCAGUUUAAAAACUCAUUAGAAAAGCCAGAGAAACUUCAUUUUGAAAUCCUGUACAAAUUUAGUUUGAUACACCUUGUAAUUUUUAUGUCCUUUACUUGAUCCCAGAUUGUCCAUAUCUGAGAACAGAAGAAAUCUAUUCAAAUUGGGGAAAUUACCAUUUUUGUUUAAAACUAACUCCAUUUUUUAUCCUUUCUUUCAUAUGGGCUUAUAUUCACUUGACAGAGAAAAAAAAGCCAAAUUUUACUCUUUCAUUUAAAAUAAGACAAUAGUUAACUCUUUCUGGACUCAUUGUAGUUUUGCUUUGGGCGGGCUCUCAGUUUUUCUCUUUGCCACACCACAGAAAUGUAACUUUUAUGUUUACUUUUUAUUUCUUUUUUGCCAUUUUAUUUUUCAAGGGACUUCUUUUUUGCCUUUUUCUCCCCUAGAAUCAUCCUGUGCUUAAAAAUGCUACUUUUC